AUGACCCUGUCCGCAGUCCCCGACUACGAAAACCAGCACAUAUUCCAGCGCAAUCGGCUCAAACCAAGAGCAUAUUUCCUUCCCGAGACGUCUAUCUCGCUCAAUGGUCGCUGGGACUUUAACUAUGCAGCCUCUCCCGUGAGCGCCCCGGAGCCAUCAUGGUCCAAGGGCACCAAGAACGCCACGUCCGAACCCCGCCGGGAUUUAAACCAAUCCAGCUCUGACGGCGCAGACUCCGAGACAGCUUGGGCUCCUAUCACCGUUCCUGGCCAUUGGCAAUUGCAAGGUUAUGGCCGUCCACACUACACAAACGUCAUUUACCCUUUCCCCGUCUGUCCGCCAUUUGUGCCGACGGAGAAUCCUACGGGCACCUAUCGUCGGACCUUCCACGUGCCUGCCGAGUGGGAUGCUUCGUCCCAAUUGCGGCUGAGGUUUGACGGCGUUGACAGCGCGUAUCAUGUCUGGGUCAAUGGUGUCCCGAUUGGGUAUUCUCAAGGGAGCCGUAACCCGGCUGAAUUCGAUGUGUCGCAAGUUGUUGACCGCGACGGCGCCAAUGAACUGUUUGUCAGAGUGUAUCAGUGGUCUGAUGGCUCGUAUAUCGAGGACCAGGACCAAUGGUGGUUGUCAGGCAUUUUUCGCGAUGUGACCCUGCUCGCAUUCCCUGGCCAGGCGCGCAUUGAAGACUUCUUCGUGCGCACCGAACUGGACAAGGAUUACGUCGACGCGACAUUGCGUUUGUCGUUGGAUCUAGCUCUUGCAACAGCAGCCAUCGCGCAAGUGACUUUGAGCGAUCCUUCGACCGACAGUACGCUGCAGUCGGAGAAGUAUUUCCUUCAAGCAAAGCAGGACAAGCUCGAAGCUGAGCUUUCCGUCUCCAACCCGAGGAAAUGGACAGCAGAGACACCCAACCUCUACGAUCUGCGCAUCGCUCUCUAUGUAGACGGUGCCAAGGAGCCCGUGCAGGCAAUCAACCACCGUGUCGGGUUCCGUCAGGUUGAGAUCAAGAAUGGCAAUAUCACUGUGAACGGCGUGCCGGUGAUGUUCCGCGGCGUCAACCGGCACGACCACCAUCCACGCUUCGGCCGAGCGGUUCCUCUGUCCUUCCUGCGGGAGGACCUCUUGAUCAUGAAGCGGCAUAACGUCAAUGCUCUCCGCUGCUCGCACUACCCGUCCCAUCCCCGUCUAUACGAGCUCUGCGACGAGCUCGGCCUAUGGGUAAUGGACGAGGCAGACCUGGAGUGUCACGGUUUUUACGAUGCCAUCGCUCGCCCCCUGGAUAUCCCCGAGUCCAUGGACUACGAGGAGCGCAAGAAGCUCACCUUUGACCAGGCGGCGCAGUUCACCACGGACAACCCCGAGUGGAAAGAUGCAUAUGUAGACCGAAUGGUACAGAUGGUGCAGCGCGAUAAGAACCAUUCCUGUAUCAUCAUCUGGUCGCUCGGCAAUGAGGCAUUUUAUGGCUCUAACCACCAAGCCAUGUACGACUAUGUCAAGCAGGUUGACCCCAGUCGUCCGGUGCACUACGAGGGAGACAUGGAGGCCAAGACGGUCGACAUGUACUCGUAUAUGUAUCCAUCAGUCGAGCGACUUGUCGGUGUUGCUACUGCAGAGGGAGAUGAGUUUAAAAAGCCAAUUGUGCUUUGUGAGUAUGCUCACGCGAUGGGUAACGCGCCUGGUGGCUUGGAAGAGUAUAUGGAAGCCUUCCGGACCCACCGGCGUCUGCAAGGAGGGUGGAUCUGGGAGUGGGCAAACCACGGGCUCUGGGACGAGGAGAAGGGAUGGUAUGGCUACGGUGGUGACUUUGGCGAUACGCCUCACGAUGGCAACUUUGUGCUGGACGGGCUGCUAUUCAGUGACCACACCCCAACGCCUGGUAUCACUGAACUCAAGAAGGCGUAUGCGCCGGUUCGUGUGUGGCCUGGUGAGGAUGGGACUCUGGUUGUGGCGAACGACUACAAUUUUGUUGGGUUGGAAGGUCUCCAGGCUUCUUACAAGAUUGAGGUAUUGGGAGAUAGCGGGCGCAUUAUUGCCACAGGCAAUAUAAAACUUCCGUCUAUUCCUGCCGGCCAAAAAGGGACUAUCGAGCUGCCAUCUGCGCCUGCUACAACAACUCCCGGGGAGGUGUGGCUCACCGUCAACUUCUAUGAAAAAGCAGAGACAGCAUGGGCCGGAAGCAACUAUGAAGUCGCUUGGUACCAGCAGUGCCUCAAGUCCUCAUCUCCGCGUCCCUCAUUGGCUGUACCCGCUCAGGCUUUGACGCUCUCAUCCACGAAGACGACACACAAAAUCUCCGGCGCCACAUUCAGCCUGGAAUUCUCGAGAGAAACAGGCAGUCUCUACGCCUGGACAUCCGACGGCCUCUCCCUCCUCGACCAGUCCUCAACAUUUGGUGCCGUCUCUCCCGGAUUCUGGCGCCCACCGACCGACAACGACAUGUCCCAUGAUCUCCUUGAAUGGCGGCGCUAUGGGCUCGACACUCUCACCUCUCAGCUGCGCAGGAUGCACGUCGUGCAACAUAACCCCACGAGCGUAGAAGUCACUACGGAGACAUACAUCUCCGCGCCAAUUCUGGGCUGGGGAUUCUUCGCCUCGACCAGUUAUACCAUCGCUGGCAAUGGUGCCGUAACCGUCAACGUGCACCUGAAGUCCCACGGUCCCAUCCCAGCGGACCUGCCCCGGCUCGGCCUAGACGUACUUCUCUCAGACGAGCUAGACAACACAUCCUGGUUCGGCCUGGGACCCGGCGAAGCCUACGCAGACAAGAAGCGCGCGCAAAAGGUGGGCAUUUACAACGCUACCACGGCGGAACUGCAUACCCCCUACGAAGUGCCACAGGAAGGGGGCAACCGGAUGGACACCCGGUGGUUACGUGUGCACGACAGCAGGGGAUGGGGUCUCCGGGUGACUCGCGUCAAGGAAGAGAGUGAUAAGCAGCCGACUGAGCUGUUCCAGUGGCUUGCUACGCGGUACAGCCCCGAGGCUAUCGAGGCGGCCAAGCAUGCGCCUGAACUGGUUGCUGAGAAACGGGUCAGGUUGAGGCUGGACGUGGAGAGCUGCGGUGUUGGAACGGGAGCUUGUGGUCCUCGUACCCUUGACAAGUACCGGGUUAAAUGUGAGGAGAGAAAGUUUGGCUUUACUCUGCAGCCUGUUUUGGCCGAGACGUGUUAG